CAGCUAGUAACGUCAACUCUCCACUGUCCUCAGACAGCUAGUAACAUAACUCUCCACUGUCCUCAGACAGCUAGUAACGUAACUCUCCACUCUCCUCAGACAGCUAGUAACGUAACUCUCCACUGUCCUCAGACAGCUAGUAAGGUAACUCUCCUCUCUCCUCAGACAGCUAGUAACGUAACUCUCCACUGUCCUCAGACAGCUAGUAACGUAACUCUCCACUGUCCUCAGACAGCUAGUAACGUAACUCUCCACUCUCCUCAGACAGCUAGUAACGUAACUCUCCACUGUCCUCAGACGGCUAGUAAGGUAACUCUCCACUCUCCUCAGACAGCUAGUAACGUAACUCUCCACUCUCCUCAGACAGCUAGUAACUCUCCACUCUCCUCAGACAGCUAGUAACGUCAACUCUCCACUGUCCUCAGACAGCUUGUAACGUCAACUCUCCACUGUCCUCAGACAGCUAGUAACUCUCCACUCUCCUCAGACGGCUAGUAACUCUCCACUCUCCUCAGACAGCUAGUAACAUCAACUCUCCACUGUCCUCAGACAGCUAGUAACGUCAACUCUCCACUGUCCUCAGACAGCUAGUAACGUAACUCUCCACUGUCCUCAGACAGCUAGUAACGUCAACUCUCCACUGUCCUCAGACAGCUAGUAAACGUAACUCUCCACUGUCCUCAGACAGCUAGUAACGUCAACUCUCCACUGUCCUCAGACAGCUAGUAACGUAACUCUCCACUGUCCUCAGACAGCUAGUAACGUCAACUCUCCACUGUCCUCAGACAGCUAGUAACGUAACUCUCCCACUGUCCCUCAGACAGCUAGUAACGUAACUCUCCACUGUCCUCAGACAGCUAGUAACGUAACUCUCCACUGUCCUCAGACAGCUAGUAACGUAACUCUCCACUGUCCUCAGACAGCUAGUAACGUAACUCUCCACUGUCCUCAGACAGCUAGUAACGUAACUCUCCACUGUCCUCAGACAGAUAGUAACGUAACUCUCCACUGUCCUCAGACAGCUAGUAACGUAACUCUCCACUGUCCUCAGACAGCUAGUAACGUAACUCUCCACUGUCCUCAGACAGCUAGUAACGUAACUCUCCACUGUCCUCAGACAGCUAGGCUAGUGCUGUGC